AUCCCCGCGCCGGCCGCAUCCCCGCGCGGAGCCGGCGGAGAGGGGAGCUUGCCGAGACAGAGGGCCCCGCCCCGGCUCCAUUGUUGAGGCGCCGCGGCUCUGCCGUCUGCCGCUACGGGCUGCGCUCUCUCGGCCGGUGCCCGGGCGGGAGCAGCGCUGCGAGGCGCGGCCUGAGCAAUGGAAGAGUUAAUAGUGGAACUUCGCCUCUUUCUUGAACUCCUGGACCAUGAGUAUCUCACUGCAACUGUCAGGGAGAAGAAGGCUGCGCUGACCAACAUCCUGCUGCGGAUCCAGUCGCCCAAAGGUUUUGAAGUGAAGGAUCAUGUUCAGAAGCAAGAGGCCAGCAGCCUGCCAGCACCCCCUCAGAUGCCUCUGCCAGAGAUUCCUCAGCCCUGGCUGCCUCCUGACAGCGGGCCUCCACCUUUGCCGACAUCCUCUCUCCCGGAAGGUUACUAUGAGGAGGCCGUGCCGUUGAGUCCUGGGAAAGCUCCGGAAUACAUCACAUCAAAUUAUGACUCGGAUGCAAUGAGCAGCUCCUACGAGUCCUAUGAUGAAGAGGAGGAGGAGGGGAAGGGGAAGAAGACCCGGCACCAGUGGCCCUCAGAGGAGGCGUCCAUGGACCUGGUGAAGGAUGCCAAGAUCUGUGCCUUCCUGCUGCGCAAGAAGCGCUUCGGCCAGUGGACCAAGUUGCUCUGUGUCAUCAAGGACGCCAAGCUGCUGUGCUAUAAGAGUUCCAAGGACCAGCAGCCUCAGAUGGAACUGCCUCUCCAAGGCUGCAACAUCACCUACAUCCCGAAAGACAGCAAGAAGAAGAAGCAUGAGCUGAAAAUCACCCAGCAAGGCACCGACCCCCUUGUCCUCGCAGUCCAGAGCAAGGAGCAAGCCGAGCAGUGGCUGAAGGUGAUCAGGGAAGCCUACAGUGGCUGCGGUGGCCCUGCGGAUCCCGAGUGUAUUCCACCGCCCAGUGCCCCAGUACCCAAGGCAGAGCUGGAGAAGAAGCUGUCUUCAGAGAGACCCAGCUCAGAUGGGGAGGGUGCUGUGGAGAAUGGCAUCGCCUCGUGCAACGGAAAAGAGCAAGUGAAGAGGAAGAAAAGUUCCAAAGCGGAAGCCAAGGGAACCGUGUCUAAAGUCACUGGGAAAAAAAUUACCAAGAUCAUUGGUUUGGGCAAGAAGAAGCCAUCCACCGACGAGCAGACAUCGUCAGCCGAGGAGGACGUCCCCACCUGCGGCUACCUGAACGUGCUGUCCAACAACCGCUGGCGGGAGCGCUGGUGCAGAGUGAGGGACAACAAGCUCGUCUUCCACAAGGACAGGACUGACCUGAAGACCCACGUCGCGUCCAUUCCCCUCCGUGGCUGUGAGGUGAUCCCAGGCUUGGACUCCAAGCACCCGCUGACAUUCCGGCUGCUUCGCAAUGGACAGGAGGUCGCCGUGCUGGAGGCCUCUUCUUCUGAAGACAUGGGCAGGUGGAUUGGGGUCCUGCUGGCUGAGACGGGGUCGUCGACAGACCCCGGAGCUCUGCACUACGACUACAUAGACGUGGAGAUGUCUGCAAACAUCAUUCAGACGGCCAAGCAGACCUUCUGCUUCAUGAACAGGCGUGGGGUGUCCACCAGCCCCUACCUAGGGAGCACCUCCAAUGGAUACGCUCACCCCAGUGGGACAGCCCUGCAUUACGAUGACGUUCCCUGCAUCAACGGCUCGAGCUGUGUGUUCCAGUGGGACCCGGACGACGGCUUCCCCGCCUCCGGUAGCAGAGGCCCAGGCGAAGAGGCGCUCUAUGAUAACGAGGGCCUCUACGAUAACCUGCCGUCUCCGAAAAUCUUUGCUCGCUCCUGUCCUGCUGACAGAAGGGCCUCCAGGCUGCCCGCUGACAAGCUGUCCUCUAACCUCUGCAAGGCCCCCACCUCCUGCGGCCCACCCUGCUCUCCGUCUCUCACUAACACCUCUGCUGUGGGGAGGGCGUCUCUCGGGCUACACUCCCAGCUCAAGGGGAAGAAGCCCCCCGUGGCAUCUAAUGGGGUUCCUGGGAAAGGGAAGGCUCCCAGCAGUCAGCAGAAAAAAGUGGAUUCUGCAGCCAGCGUGAGACGGACGGCUUCAAAUGCUGACCAGUACAAAUAUGGCAAGAACCGGGUGGAAGCGGAUGCCAGGCGUUUGCAGACCAAAGAAGAGGAGCUGCUAAAGAGGAAGGAGGUGCUGCGGGACCGGCUGGCACAGCUCCGCAGAGAGAGGAAGGACCUGAGGGCCGCCAUCGCAGUGAAUGCAGGCAGGAAGACCCAGGUGGUCCUGGAGGACAAACUGAGGAAGCUGGAGGAGGAGUGCAAGCAGAGGGAGGCGGAGCGGGUCAGCCUGGAACUGGAGCUGACUGAGGUCAAGGAGAGCCUGAAGAAAGCCCUGGCUGGCGGCGUCACCCUGGGGCUGGCCAUUGAGCCAAAGUCAGGGACAUCAAGUCCACAGUCUCCUGGGUUGAGGCAUCGCACUCUGGAAAACUCGCCCAUCUCCAGUUGUGACACCAGUGAUGCAGAAGGGCCUCUGCCUGUGAACAGCGCUGCUGUCCUGAGGAAGACCCAGCCAGCCGCGAGCAACUCCCCCUGCCGGGGGCAUGUGCUGCGGAAGGCCAAGGAGUGGGAGUUGAAGAAUGGCACAUAAAGGAAAGCCAGGCCACCCAGCCUCAGAUGGGGGCCGCACAUGUCCCCUGGCCUCCUCACAGCGACUGUGGACGCACUCCCCAGUGUGGCCAAGCAUGACUCCUGAGGGCCUGCGAGCAAGCCGCCGUGGCUCACGCGUGUUCUUUCUACUGUACCAUGGUGCCCUUUAGAACAGCUACUAUGAGGCUUUGAUUUUGAACUAUAUUUGAUAAAAACAGAAACAAAGAGGGAUGACAAGCUGUUUAAAGACCCUGUAGAGGGCGGAAGGUCACCUAUCCAGCCAGACUGCACGCUCAGCCCCAGCCCUGCCGAACCUGCAGACAUCAAGCAGCCUGCGGCCUGCACUGCGCGGCCUGCUCUGGGGUGGCUGCAGGUCUUGGCUCUCGUGGCUGUGGCGUGGAUGUGUGGCCUGUCUCAGGACCCCGCACCUGCGUGCCCUGGUUGCUGGAGGCCAAGGCGUGGGGAGCGUGUGCGGGAAGCCAGUUGGCCCUUGCUCUUCCUGGUGGGCAGAUGCUUUGUCCCUGGGACAGGAAAGCUGCCACUUGCUGUAACCUGCUUUAAAAAUGUCUUUUUCUGUGUCCCACCUAGUUGGACCUGAGGAGUUUCCAGAGGUUCCAUGUCCAGUUUUGUCAGUCAUUGUUCUGCUCUGGGGGGCAGCAGAGUGCCCCUAGUAUUUGGUUAGGCUCCCCCUGGGCCUGAGGUUCGGAGCCCGUGGCCAUGUAGUGGGGGGAUGCACCAUUUUUGUGCAGGCGUCCACUGCCUGGGGCGGGAGCCGCCCUUUGGAAAGGAAGCAAGUCAUAGACCUAGAGCCCCUUGGGCCCAGCGGUGACCUUUCAGAGCCCCUCGUCUGCCCCCAGCUCGAGGGGUCAAGCUGAGCCGGGAGUACGUCAGCACACGAGGCUGAGCUGUGACUCCUGAGCUCGCCGCCUCUCUCGGGUCCUGUGGGAUCCUGCCUGCCUCCUUCCCAGUGUCUCCUGGAGGGCGCUUGUGCUCAAGGACAAAGUGGAGCUGGUCAGCCACCCACUCUGGCCCCGUUCUGAGGCCGGCCUGCCUGCGUGGUCCCCCCAGAAGGCCCACACUGGUGAUGGACCCCCAGAGCACAGGCUCCACACCCACAGCCAGGGACUCUCAUCAACCAUAGGAAAAGAGGGCUGGAAGCAGUGUCCCCACACUCUCCCAGGCCCUGGGCCAGCCACAGUGCCCUCAUCAUCCUCAGGCCUUCCUGGGGAGGACCAGUUCUGCUGCCACAACCUUGGCCCUGCAGGGCUGGAGUUGGCUUUCUGUGAGCAGAAAAGCCAUCUCCAGUGAGGAAGGAAGUGUCGUAGCAGGACGGGGAGGCUGCUUGGCUGAGGCCCCCUGAAACUUGAAUUUAUUGUGAAGCCAUCUGCCAGGAGUGUCUUUGGUUCCCACCCCACAGCAUGUGCCAGCACUGACCACAGGGGCCUCCUGCUGGAGCCCUCACAGGGAGGCCUGGAGGGGCAGCCUCCGCCAGAGCCAGUGGCUGGCUGUCACUGGGGAACCCCUUCUCUCUUGGGAGGGUUUCCCCAUCAUCACAGGAAGCUGUGACCUCUCCGUCUCCUGUGACACUGAUUUCCAUAAAGGGAAGAAAAUCAGUCCUGCCAUAGAUUCCCACUGCCUUCAGGUCAAAUGAGCUUUCUCAGCUCUGGCUCUUCUGACCAGGGCCACCCUUGCCAAGCACCAUGCCAGGUUUUGAUGGUGGCCAACCUAAGGUCUUGGCCUGGGCCAAGGCAGGGGGAUGUCAGCAGAGUGUCUUGUGCAUGGGAGGUGGCCUUGGGCACUACCAGGACCAGCUUUGUGGUACAGGCAGAGACCCAUGGCCUCAGAAUCUCCUCUGAGGACUCAGCUCUUGGUGCCAGAGCCAGGGUCUGGAGCCAGGUCUCCGCUCCAGAAGACAGGGUUGUGUCUGCAGCCCCAAGUUUGUAGCCCCCAUCACAGCCGUGGUCUCCUGGGGAGGGCACACACUGAAACGCACUUCCCAUGUCCCACAGAGCCCUUCCAUUGCUCCUGAGGAGGUGGCGCUCCGCCUGCGACUCCACAGCGUCCCUCGCGCCCCUCGACGUUUCUAGGUGACCAGAAAGUUAGUUUAAAGUAUUUGCUUCAAAAUAAGUUAUUUAUUUGUAUAUUUUCAGUAAAUAGAGUUGUAAUUUAUGUCUGUACAUAUUGGGCGACCGGAGGCGCCUGCCAGAGGUGACAGGUCAUGGCACCUUGUCCUCCCAGACGUCCUCCGUGCCGACUCUGGGACAGCUGAGCUCGCUGACAGAUUCUGUCCUCAGGCCCAGUGGGCGGAGGUGGGGCAGCCCCUGGGGAAGUGAAGCUCUUCCGAUGGUCAGCUGUCACUUCAGCAGGCGGUCAUGAUCACAGCAGGGCUGCAGGAGGCCGGCCAGCACAGAGGAGCUGCCAGGACAGGUCAGCGGCAGCCCCUCUGUGGGCUCAGGCCCUCUUAUUCUGAGGCCACAGUGUCAUUCCUUGGGGUUCUCUCUGGGCCAUAAUUUGGCAUGAUGUCACCAUCCUUCACCCCACUGUUAGGUUUUCAUAACGUUUUGUUCACUGACUGACCAUUCACAUAGGAGCAGCAUGUUAGCCAGAGGCUGGAGUUGGCCAGGCCAGCCCAGAUGCCAGAGUCUGUCCAGAUGAGUGUGGGUCUGCACACACAGAACUUUCUGGAACCCUUCUCUUUGCACUUGGAGUGGCACUGGCCACCACGCAUGCGCCUCCAUCCCAUUCCUUCCCUGUGUGUACCUCGGUAUUGUCCGUUUUGUCUUGCUUGACCCAGGUUGUUUUGGCUUUUCCUAAAUAACCAGAUCUGUGCACCGAGAGCACAUGUGCGGCCACAGGACACCAGACAGCUUCAGAGGUGCUGCCUGGUGCCUCCUCGCCUUCUGCCAGAUUCCAAGGGCGGCUUCCCAGGCCAUGGAGAGCCCCGCCAGCAUAGUCCUUUAGAGCCCUUGCAGGGGAUAGUAGGUCCCAUGGCUCCUGCUGAGGGUGGGCAGCAGCAAGGGGCCAGCGGCCUCCCACCAGAGGGAAGGCAACCUCCUUUGCCACCAGCAUCUGCCGUGUGCAUGCCGCAAGGCCCCCUCUGGUCACACAGAGGUCGGGCUGCCACCGCAGUGCAAGCAGGACACCCCGAGGUCUGCAGGGCCAUGCAGCAGGGAGGGGAGCCACUGCCUUCCUCAUCUCGUCCUCCUGCUUCCUAAAACCAUUUCUAUGGGAACAGUUUUAAACCAGGGCAUGGUUUUAAAGAGGCAACUAAAUAUUUUGGUCCUGUUCUACUGUCCUCUUACAACCCAUGGAGAGCUGGGUUCAUACUGUGAAACUGAAAAUCAAAAAAGUGAAGCCGCUGUGUGUGCUCAGGCCCAGCCCCUGGAGGGCCCCAGGACCGCUGUGCCCUGCCCAGCCAGGGCUUGUCGCCUUAGACACGUGGGUGUGGCCGGGACCUGACACCCUGUGGGUACCGCGGUCAUUGCCUCGGGUGCUGGCUGCCUGGCACACAAGAACGCCAGGCGUUGGCGCCCUGGGAGAAGUUUGCAGCAGCUUCUGCAGACCUUCCUUCCUAGGGACCAAAGGUUUUUGGCCAAGGCCAUCUUUCCAAUUGAUUUUCUAAUGAGAAAGGAAAUAUUCACCAGACAUUUUAGCAUCAACUUUUACACCAUAGGUAUUCAGAUUUAAUUGACCAUGGCUGUAAGUUGUAAGAUGUUUUCAUAUUAAGAAUGUAAUUAUUUCCUUAUUGUAUUUUUUAAAACUAAAGUCAUAUUUAAAUUUCUCUUUGAAAGAAACUUUUUUUUAAAUUAAAUACGUUGGUAGUGCCCAUUUGAGAUGACUGUAAAUAUAUUUUCACUGUUUCUCAGUGUAUUUAAUUCAUAAAGUAAAAAAUUUUAUAAAAAGAAACUUGCAAUGAAAAUACUAGUUUUCAGCCCAUUUGCCCCAUUUGUAGCCACCUCACUUGAAUUUUCUGCUCUACUAAUCGACUUUCUACUGUUUACGUGGUGUAGCCACUGACUGGUGCCCCUCGGCGCGACCACUGUGUGUCACUAAUAAACUGCUCUGAGGACCAGG